UUCAUUUGCGUUACAAACACAUUCCGCUGGAGCGUCUCGGCGGCUAAGUUCGCCUCGCUUGAAAGCGCCUUCCCCCAUGCAGGAGAUCUCCUCGGUCUGCGGCCGCCCGGGGGCGAUGGCGUCCGGAGGGAGCGCGGUGCUGUCGGCGACGAUGGACAGCGCCCGCACGCUGGUGUCGCUGCUCCGCGCCGUGCAUUUCCGCGACCACGCCACCUUCCUUGCCACGCAGCACGGCCUCAAGGCCACGGUGGAGGACACGUGCACCCUGCAGGCCAACGCCUUCGUGCAGACUUCACUUUUCCACACGUACUCCCUGCUUGAGAACCCAGUGUCGUUUCGCGUGAACCUCACGGCAUUGCUCAGCUGCCUGACCAUGUUUGGUGGCUCCUCUUCGUCCACUGCGUCGUCCUCAUCUGCAUCAUCGUCAUCAGCUGUGAGGGGUGGGGCCGCACGCACAGUGGCACCUCCUGUGGCUCUGAGCCUGCGCUACGGGGGGUACGGAUCUCCCCUCAUCCUGUGCCUCGAGGAGGGCGGUGUUGUCACUGACUGCAGCCUGAGGACGCAGGAGCCAGAGGACCCCCUGGAUUUUGAGUUUGGGGUGUCCAACGCAGACGAGGAAAAACAGACCCCCAACAAGGUUAUCUUGAAGGCAGAGGGGCUGAAGGAGGCAUUCGCCGACCUAGAGCUGAGCUCGUCCGGCGCUGAGAUGUCUGUCCACAUCACCAUGUCCCCCGCUCGGCCACACUUCCGGCUGUCCACGUUCGGACCGCUGGGGAGCACGCACUGCGACUUCCCCAGAGACUCAGACAUGGUGGAGUCCUUCCACUGCAACAAGGCACAGACGAACCGGUACAAGGCAUCGUUCUUGAAACCUAGUAUGAAGGCUUUGUCCCAGGCAAGCAAGGUAUCUGUGCGCAUGGACUGGCGGGGUCUCCUAUCGCUGCAGUUCAUGAUCCCAAAUGACGGGGAGGUCAGCUUUGUCGAGUACUACUGCUGUCCUGAUGAUGUGCAGGAAGAGGAUGAUGAUGAUGAUGAUGUAGUCAAUAGUGACGACGAUUAAAGUACCUGCUUUUAGAAGAACCACGGUGUAUUCAUAACCCAUGUUCUUUAGCAAUUUCAAACAAGACUAACAGGACUGGUCUUUAAAGGGUUUUUUUUAGACAAAAGCCUGACAGAACAGUCUCUUAACGAGUCUUUAAGAUGGACUGACAAGACUUGUCACUUUUGCAACCUGCAGACAACUGCCUCUGUCAGUUAAGUUGGCUAACCAGUCUGAAGAUAUUUUACUGUUUACUCGGUUUCCCAUACAGUCUGUAAUGAGCUUCAUAUGAGCCUGUAUCAGUUUUGUUAACGUACUCUAUUGACAUGUUUAUGGUGCGUUUUCUCGUGCAGUAAUUUGGUCACCAGAAUAAAUAAAAAGUGUAUCACCUUUCUCAGCUCGCCUCUUGCAUGCGUUAAAAUAUUGUCCAGAAAUGAAUAGAAUUUGCUGCAGUCAUUACUGGCAUGCCAGCAAUGUGUUGAUUUGUGGUGGGCUAACCCUCCGUAACUUAAAAAAAAAUUGUCACCUGUAUUAUUGUUCUGUAUAUAAGUUGACAGAAAACCGUUACAACCCUGCUGCAGUGGUUCAAAUUCCGGUUGUGACAUUGGUAUCGUUAUAUUUACCGUUCCAACUUUGUCAAACCUGAAGCUUCAUGUCCCAGAAGUUCUUCUGAAGGCACUUCAAUCGGCCUCUAUUUACAGUAGACGGUUCAUGCCUUUUAACUUAAAGUGUGUAAAUAUGUAAUAAAACAAUAUA